AUGUGUGUGCAUGGUAUCCCUAUCAGCUGCGGUGUAUGAGUGCGCACCACACGUACCCCAAGGGUAGAUACGACGCGUCUAUGGUCAACUACUCCUCGCCGGCGCCUGGUACUUGCAUGAAAACUUCUCUUUUGGCAGCCACAUACCCGGGAUAUCUGCAUUUCAGACAAGUAGGCACAGCGACAUCCGGACUUGUCUAUUUCCUGUGAGUUGCAGCAGUCAGAAACAAAUUUGAAAAGGUUAUAUUGCCCGGAUUUGAAGCGGCACUUGCAGACUGGAACUAGGCCUAGGCAGUCCUCUUCCACGUGAGUUAUUUGGACUGAGCAGGUCAGACAGUGAGUCUUGCGCCGUGUCUGACAGGGAGCCAUGGCGCUGGAUUCAAGGUUCGUACUAUUACUCCUCGGAGUUUUGACCGUGUGUUUACCAGCUGUCUGCCACGCUUGCCCUCUCGGCUGUUUGUGUUUCCGGACCACUGUGAGAUGUAUGCAUCUGGAACUCACAAGGAUUCCACAAGUUGAUAAUGAAACAAAGAUUCUAGAUUUGCGGUUUAAUCAAAUUGCAGAGAUUCCUUCCGGGGCAUUUUCUAGUCUGACAGCACUAAACACUCUCCUCUUGAACCACAACAAUAUUCGAAGGAUACCCAGGGGAGCAUUUGAAGGACUACAUCAUCUUAAAUAUCUCUAUCUUUACAAGAAUAAAAUAACAGAAAUUGACAGCCAAGCCUUUGAUGGACUAGUCAAUCUGGAACAGUUGUAUCUGUACUCUAAUGAAAUUCAGGAACUCAAGCCAGGAACAUUUAGUAAUCUACCCAAGCUGGAGAGACUGUUUUUGAACAAUAACAAUUUGACCUCGAUAUACUCCGGCACCUUCCAGGGACUUGAUUCGCUAAAAAGGCUACGGUUAGAUGCAAACAAGCUGAUGUGUAACUGUAAGCUAAUAUGGCUGAUUGAAAUGUUGAAGCAGGCCAGUCACCAACGUCACACGCAGGCUGCGGCAACUUGUGAAUAUCCUAGGAACUUACGAUCCAGAAACCUUAUGGAUAUAUCACCAGAGGAACUUAACUGUAGAAGACCCCAUUUUGUGGUUGAACCUAGUGAUGUUGAUGCAGUAGAAGGCAACAAUGUCUACUUUAGCUGUCGAGCUAUGGGUGACCCAGAACCCGAAAUAGUCUGGUUACACAACAGCGUAGAAAUUCCUGCCGCAACACUGAAUGCUGUAGGUAGUAAAUAUAGUAUUCUUAAUGACGGCACAUUGAUGAUUCAGAAUGCUAAUGGUGAUGACGAAGGAGAAUACGAAUGCAUGGCUAGGAAUGCUGUCGGUGAAACAACAUCAGAGGCGGUCAAUUUAAGAUACUUUGGCUCUCCAAAACGACCUACUUUCAGUCAGGAACCCUCUGAUACGGAGGUCAAGCAAGGUACAACUGUGACCUUAGACUGUUCAGCCAGUGGUUACCCACGUCCUACCAUCACCUGGACCAGACAUGGACAGAGCGUUGUGGAUGACCCUCGCUUUACCCUUUUAGCUACUGGCUCUGUACACAUCAGUAGUGUACAACCUCAAGAUCGUGGCGAAUACACAUGUACUGCAACAAACCAGGCUGGAUCAGAGAGUACUUCUGCAACCCUUACUGUCACCGUUCCUCCGUCAUUUGAAGUCACCCCCCAGUUCUUGUCAGCUAUAGAAGGCAGCACAGUAGAGUUGUUCUGUCAAGCUGCUGGCUAUCCGCUGCCUGUCAUUGCAUGGCGUAAAGAUGGUAGUCUUUUGCCAGACAGUCGCCGCUAUUUAUCUCUUGCUAGUGGUACAUUGCGCAUCGUAAGAGUUACUCGUGAAGAUGAAGGGAACUAUGAUUGUUACGCUGUCAACUCAGCUGGAAGCAUUCAGGCCACUGCACAAAUUGAAGUCAGACCCCGAGUGCCACCCGUUUUCACCCAGUCACCCAGUGACCUACAAGUCGUUACCCGGGCGACUAUUCGCCUACCCUGCUCAGCAACUGGUGAUCCUACACCUGUUAUCACAUGGAGUAAAGACGGUAUCCAGAUCCCUGAGAGUAACAAAUACACCAUCAGCAGUGAAGGUCAUCUUGUCAUUCAUAACAUCAGUCCUGAUGAUGCUGGUCGAUUUGAAUGCGCUGCAAGGAACAGCAUUGGAUAUGCUGCUACCAGUAUGCUGUUGAUUGUGGAUGCUCCUGAUGAGGACCGUGAAGGUGAUCAGUUUGUUGGUGAUUCCAUCACUCAAGCCAUUAAUAAUGUUGACCGUGCCAUCAAUGAGACAAGACGAGAGUUAUUUGAUCGUAGCAAGCCCCUCACACCCAGCGAUUUACUGACAUUGUUUAGGUUUCCAUCCAUGGAAGCUAUGAGCAUUGCCAGAGCAGCCGAAGUAUUUGAGCAGACGCUACAAUUGAUUCAUGGACACAUUGAGAGUGGAAUGAAAGUCAACUUGACUGGAGUAGAGUAUAGCUAUGAUGACUUGGUGUCUCGUCCAUUCCUGAACCUGAUUGCCAAUCUGUCUGGUUGCACAACCCAUUCCAAGAUUGUCAACUGUUCUGAUAUCUGUUUCCAUCGCAAAUAUCGUACCCAUGAUGGAACUUGUAAUAACCUCCAGAAUCCUGAGUGGGGAGCAUCCCUUACCCCCUUCCGACGCCUUUUGAAACCCAUCUAUGAGAAUGGCUUCAACACACCUGUUGGUUGGAACCAGUCACACCUUUACAAUGGUUACCCAAAACCUAGUGUACGGAAAGUAUCACUGGAAGUCAUGUCCACAGCAACUAUUACUGAUAGUGAGAAAUACUCCCACAUGUUGAUGCAGUGGGGUCAGUUCCUAGACCAUGAUAUGGAUUUUACUGUGACCAGUCUAAGUCGUGCUCGAUUUAGUGAUGGCGUUGAGUGUAAGGACACUUGUGAGAAUCAACCACCCUGUUUCCCAAUCAAUGUUCCUGAUGAUGAUCCACGUAUCCAUCGCAUGCAGUGUAUGGAGUUUACUAGAUCAAGUGCUGUCUGUGGUAGUGGUAGCACAUCUGUGUUCUUCAAUUCUGUCAUGCCACGUGAGCAAAUCAAUCAAAUUACAUCGUACAUUGAUGCCUCAAAUGUUUAUGGUAACACUAAAGGACAAGCAGAUGAUCUCAGGGAUUACACCAACAACAAGGGUCGUCUUAAAGCUGGACCAGCUGCACAGCCAUCUGGUAAACAUCUUCUUCCCUUCAAUCGUGAUACACCGAUUGAUUGCCAGCGUGACUUGAAUGAAAGUCCCAUCCCAUGUUUCCUUGCUGGUGACUUCCGUGCCAAUGAACAACUAGGACUACUGUCAUUGCACACACUAUGGUUUCGCGAGCACAACCGCAUUGCUGAUGAACUCCUUAGAAUCAAUCCACACUGGGAUGGUGAGAAAAUAUACCAGGAGACCAGGAAAAUUGUAGGUGCGGCAAUGCAGCACAUCUCCUACACUCACUGGAUGCCUAAAGUCCUUGGACCUCAAGGUAUUGACCGGCUUGGUUCCUAUGAAGGUUAUGACCCAAAGACCAGUGCUGCUAUUGUGAAUGUCUUCGCAACAGCUGCCUUCCGAUUUGGACACAGUUUAAUCCAACCUAUCCUGAGGAGGUUGAACUCAACUUAUCAGUCAAUUGAGCUUGGAGAUCUUCCUCUUCACAAAGCUUUCUUUUCUCCUUAUCGUGUUGUUGAAGAAGGUGGCAUUGAUCCAAUUCUACGUGGACUGUUUACCUCCCCACUCAAGGAACCUAAACCUGAUGAAAUGAUGAACACAGAACUGACUGAAAGACUUUUCCAAAUGGCUCAUGAGAUUGCUCUUGAUCUUGCCUCCUUGAACAUCCAACGUGGGCGUGACCAUGCCCUUCCUGGUUACAAUGACUGGCGGGUCUUCUGCAACAUGUCUGCAGCUCAGACAUUUGAUGAUCUCCAGGAGGAAAUCUCCAAUGAUGAAGUCCGAGGCAAGCUGGAGAAUCUUUACCAUCAUCCAGGCAACUUGGAUCUCUUUGUUGCAGGCUUAGCUGAAGAUCCUCUAGAGGGGGGUCUUCUUGGUCCUACAUUCAGCUGUUUAUUGGCUUUACAAAUGAAGCGACUGCGAGCGGGAGACAGAUUUUGGUAUGAAAACCCAGGCACCUUUGAACCGGGUCAGUUGACUCAGAUCAAGCAGAUUUCCUUGGCUAGAGUUGUCUGUGACAAUGCCAAUGACAUCCAGCAAAUCCCAGAAGAUCUCUUCCUUAAGAAUGACUACCCAAUUGACUUCAGACAUUGCAGUGAUAUCCCAUCCAUUGACCUGAGGAUGUGGGCUGAAUGCCCAGAAGAUACAGUCCUUGCCGGAACUAUUCAGCGUAGUCCACGUUUCCAUGAUCUGGUUGUAUCUAGUCUCACUGUGGGUAGUGUGUCCAGAUCACGUCGGUCUGUGGACACGUUUCCAGAAUCUUCAUCAUGGACCAACCAGACAACCUUCAAACACCAUCAUCUAGAUAAGAACCACAAGAAAUCCUUUAUCAAGUCACAAGAGAAGACAGCAUCAUCGACUGAGGACGGAGCAGCGUCCACAAUCUUGGAGGAGCUUGACUUGGAUGAGAGAACAACUUACCUAGAGGAAGUGGUGGUGGAGUUACAAGAUACCAUUGAAACAAUGCAAUCGGCAAUCAGUGAAAUUACAAAGCAGUUGAAGUCCCUGCGAAGGGAAAGGAAAAAACGCCCCAGUCGACACAUUUGAUGAUAAGACAAUCAACCACUGGUUCAUUUCCUGGAAUAAUGUCACAUUUUUGGAACCUUUCCUGUCAUGAUAGGAAGUAUUACACCUUAAAGUUUUAUUUUCAGAUUACAGGUUUGUUAUUGUGGUGCAUGUUUGCUCUAUUUAAAGAAAUAAGCAAACAUUGUUUUAUGUUAUUUUUAAUUAAUAAACAAGGGCUCUUAUCUAUAUGUCAUUGGGCAGAAUAAUAGCAUUUCUGGGAAUUAAACUCACUUUUUUCUGAAAUGCACUGCUUUUGAAAUGAUUUGGCUUGUUUUGAGAUUGUUUCGUAUAAUUUGUAUUGAUUGGAACUGAUUUCUUCUCUCUGAGGAUGUAUAGUCAGGGCCCUGGUUAAGGACUGCUGGGUGGUGCUACAUAAAGUUUGUGUUUUUCUUCAACGAGAGACAUUUGGGUUUAAGACCUGCAGGGUCUCCAAAGUGUCCAUAUAUUUUGUUUAUAAAUUAUUAAUUUCAGUAUUUGUCCCAAGCAGUUUUAAAAGUUUUUACAGAAUCUGUCCUUUCAAAAUACACUGUGCAAAAGAUUUUGCUCCCUACAUUUUAAAAAUGAGGCAGUCCAUGCAAUUGCAAGUUUUCAUUCUGAGACAAGACUUGUAAGGAUUAUCGAGCUAAAAGGAAAUCUAGUCAACUAAAGUCACCUGCAAAUUUGAUCGUCAGUUUCUUAGAAGCAAUAUCCCUGGUCAGCAACAGGUUUGUGCAACAAUGUUGUUUUGUUCUUUUUAAUUUAUGAUUUUAAAAAAUCCAUUAAAGUUUUUAAAUUCACUCUGUACAUACAAUAAUAGUUUGGAUUGGUUAUCUUUCCAUUCAGUAGGAUGUUUUUAAUCUCACAAUUUCCUGAAAGUAUUGUCACUCUGGUUAGUGACUGGACACCUUUCUUGAAAACAAGUAAAUAUUUUCAUGAUCCAUUUGAAAUCUAAUAAAUAAUUGCUGUGUAUUACAUGAAACCAAAUAUGGAAUGACAGUCUUGCCUUAACAUGGUGAGAACAGUCCAACAUGUGCAUUUAAAACAUCUAAGGAACUUGUUUCAAACAUUUCAAGGAACUUGUAUACUAUAUUCUGUUUUAUCGUGAACUACAUUUAUGUGUUUAUGGUACUAAGGUUGAAAGAUCUUAUUUUAUUGUUUUACCGUGGUGCUAUUGGGGAAUACGCAGUUUAAAGCCAAGUUUUUAUUACAGUGUAUUUCUUUUUUCCUCUUAAUGCUAAUGUGGAGGCUUGUGUGUAUGAAACAAGAUGUUUGAUUCUGUCUAUAGCAUUUAUGAUCUUAGCAUUAUAGUUUUAUCAUAUUUAAACUAAUAAUCUAUUUAAUGUUCAGAUCAGUAGGAGUAGAUAUAGGAGAGACUACUUUGCUAAUGUUAAAGGUCAAGAGUCAAAGGUUUAACCUACUUUAAGUGCCAUUUUGGGACAAAAUUCAGCUGAUGAUGUCAGGGGUUGAAUACUUUUAAAAAAUUAUUUGUUUCAUGUAAUUUUCUUCAACCUGCCUUGUAUGGGUGUACUGUAUGGUGGGCAAGUUUAAGAGUGGUUUCGUUUUGAGUUGUGAAGUAGUAACUGAUUUGCUGACAGUUAAUCAUGUCUAAAAGCUGAUUACUCCUGUUAUAUUUAAAUAUCUGUGCUCCUGCUAUGACUGCCACAAUCAUGUUUUGUCCUUGAUCAUCAGUAGAUUUUUGAAAAUGCUGAAAUCACAUAUGUGUGUUUUGGUCAUAUUUUCAAGAGGGAAAAUGUAUUGACAUUUGUAUUGCUAAUCGUUAUAGGUGAUGACAAAAAGAAUGAAGAAGGUGACAUAAAAUCCAAUUGUUAGGUACCAUGGUGUAUAUUCAUCAACUUCCAGUGAAAAUUACCUAUCAGAUUAUCUAUCCUUUCAAUGCAAAAAUAUUGAAACAGAAAGCUAAUAUAACAUGAAAAAUCUAAAACUGCCCACUGACAUUUUUGUACCAUUAUGAAUACUGCUCGGUAACUUGUUGUUUGUCUAUAAAGUUCUGUAUUGGGAUUUUCUUCGUGCUUUAUAUUUUUUGUGUGUAAGUUUUUAAGGGUAAAUUCCAUGAAGUUUAGCAUUGGUAAUGACUCUAGGUAACUGUGUACAGUAGGGAUGCAGAAGUUAUUUUAUGUAGAACUGUUUGAAGGUUAGCAACAUUGUUUAACCUCAUCUUUUUUAAAUGUUCAUUACAGUAUCACAGAGUUAUAUGCUGCUGGUUGUCAACUGUAUAAUCAAAGGUAAAACAAAUUCUCUGAUAAAAAUGCCCAACAUCAUUGGAUAAUUGAUGGAAGGAAAACUGUCUGUUAAAUGUGAAUCAGUCAAAAGUAAGACAAGUUAUACAAGUCACCUGGCUUGCUUGGCAGAAUUUUCUGUCUAUUAGGAGAUGCGAUCCCAUGUUAUAUAGGUGAAGACGACAAGGUGGAAAAACUUUACCUUCCUUUAGGAAGUUCUGCCCUCCCGCUUUGGUAUUUCUACAAACUGGCCAGUUUUUUUUUUAAAUACUCUUCCCCUAAAAAUACUGCCAGCUACAGCACACUCAUUUGAUACAUUUUUGUACUUCAAAUAACAAUGCAGGCAUCCAGAAAUACAGGGCUAUGUUUUUAAAAUCUGGAGCUUAUUUCUGAAGCCCAAUUUCAACCAGUAACACUCUGGUGCAUCUAUAAUGCAAAUUUAAAUGUUCUCUUGGAUUAGCCUUGAAUAAAAUAAGUGGUGCUUUAAACCAAAUGCUUUUAGCAUUUUCAUGUAUUUGUUAAAUAAACUUUAGCUAUCCUU